UCCAUGGGCAGCGGCCCACCCCGCAGCUGUGGCAGAGCCACAUCCCAAGAGACCAGAGAGACCGAGAGAGGCGGCCAGGGGCUAGAGCGGCGGCGGCGGCGGCGGCGGCGGCAGCGGUAGCGGAGGAGCAUGGAGGCUGCGGCGUCCGUACCGCGAGCCCGGCUUUCUAGAGGGCAUCCUCAGAAGAACAAGGCUGGGCAGACCUCAGGGCCCAAGCCGGGCAGCCGAAUGGCUAAGCUGUUUGGCUUUGAGUGGUCUCACGUGUCCAGCUGGCAGAGGCUGGUGACCCUCCUAAAUCGACCAACUGACCCUGCAAGCCUUGCAGUUUUUCGAUUCCUCUUUGGGCUGCUAAUGGUCCUGGACAUUCCCCAGGAGCGAGGUCUUAGCUUCUUGGACCACAGAUACCUGGAUGGACUUGAGGUGUGCCGCUUCCCCUUGAUAGAUGCCCUGCAUCCUCUGCCACUUGACUGGAUGUACCUUGUCUACACUGUCAUGUUUUUGGGGGCACUGGGCAUGAUGCUGGGGCUGUGGUACCGCCUGAGCUGCCUUUUGUUCCUGCUGCCCUACUGGUAUGUGUUUCUGCUGGACAAGACUUCAUGGAACAACCAUUCCUAUCUUUAUGGACUGUUGGCUUUCCAGCUAUCAUUCAUGGAUGCCAACCGCUACUGGUCCCUGGAUGGCCUAAGAAAUGCCUCCAAGAGAAAUGCCCACGUCCCACUUUGGAACUACACGGUCCUGCGUGGACAGAUAUUCAUUGUGUAUUUCAUUGCGGGAGUGAAAAAGCUGGAUGCAGACUGGGUCGGAGGCUAUUCCAUGGGCUCCUUGUCCCGCCACUGGCUCUUCAAUCCCUUCAAGCUGGUGCUCUCGGAGGGGAUGACCAGCCUGCUCGUGGUGCACUGGUGUGGGCUCCUGCUAGACCUCUCAGCAGGGUUCCUGCUGUUUUUUGAUGCUUCAAGAGCCAUUGGCCUUCUCUUUGUCUCCUAUUUCCACUGUAUGAAUUCCCAGCUCUUCAGCAUUGGCAUGUUCCCCUUUGUCAUGUUAGCCAGCAGCCCCCUUUUCUGCUCCCCCGACUGGCCUCGCAGGCUGGUUUCCUGCCUUCCUCAGCGGCUUCGAGGCCUGUUGCCAGCCACAGCUGAUGCUCAGCCCAGUCUGUCUUGUGUGUAUAAGAGAAGCCGGGCCAAAGGCAGCCACCGGACCCGGCUGCGGCAUCGGCUGGGAGCUGUCUUCACACUGCUCUAUCUUGUGGAACAACUCUUCCUGCCCUAUUCCCACUUUAUUACCCAGGGCUAUAACAACUGGACCAACGGGCUCUAUGGCUACUCCUGGGACAUGAUGGUGCACUCCCGCUCCCACCAGCAUGUCAAGAUCACCUACCGAGAUGGCCGCACUGGGGAGUUAGGCUACCUCAAUCCUGGGGUGUUCACACAGAGUCGCCGAUGGAAGGACCACGCAGACAUGCUGAAGCAAUACGCCACGUGCCUGUACCGCCUGCUGCCCAACUACAAUGUCUCUGACCCCCAGAUCUACUUCGACAUCUGGGUCUCUAUCAACGACCGCUUCCAGCAGAGGCUCUUUGAUCCUCGCGUGGACAUCGUGCGGGCUGCUUGGUCUCCCUUCCGUCCAACGGCCUGGCUACAGCCCUUGUUGCUGGAUUUGUCUCCCUGGAGGGAGAAGUUUCAGGAGAUUGAGAGCAGCCUGGACAACCACACUGAGGUGGUCUUCAUCGCUGACUUCCCUGGGCUACACCUGGAGAAUUUUGUGAGUGAAGACUUGGGCAAUACUAGUCUCCAGCUGCUGCAGGGGGAAGUUACCGUAGAGCUGGUGGCCGAGCAGAGGAAUGUCUCUCUUCGGGAAGGAGACAGAGUCCAGUUGCCGGCUGGCGAAUAUCACAAGGUAUACACCGUGUCCUCGGGUCCCUCUUGUUACAUGUACAUCUAUGUCAACACCACAGAGCUGGCCUUAGAGCGAGACUUAGCACGGUUACAAGAACUCAAGGAGAAAGUCGAGAAUGGGAGUGAAUCAGGACCACUGCCCCCCGAGCUGCGGCCCUUGCUGGAGGGGGAAGUAAAAGGUGGACCCGAGCUGACUCCUCUGGUGCAGACCUUCUUGCGUAGACAGCAGCGUCUCCAGGAAAUCCAACGGCGGCGCAGUUCCCCUUUCUAUGAAAGGCUUUCCCGCUUUCUGCUUCGAAAGCUUUACAUUUUUCGUCGAAGCUUCUUGAUGACUUGCAUCUCUCUUCGGAACCUGAUCCUGGGUCGCCCCUCCCUGGAGCAGCUGGCCCAGGAAGUGACCUAUGCAAACCUGCGGCCAUUUGAGCCCCCGACGGAGCCGGCCCCCGCGGAGCCCCAUUCCUUAGAUGCUCAUCCCACAGAAGCCAGCCACACGCCCAUCCGCUCAGAGCUCUGAGUUGUCAAGGGCUCAGGGCUUCAGUGCAGAGCCAGUCACAUAAUUAUGUACUCGAUAGAAAUUUGGCUACAAUAAUUUUUCCAAGUCAUUUUUAAAAAGUU